AUGCUUUCCACCCACUCCAGCCCCGCUUCCCCCCUCUCCUGCAUGUUUUCCACCCACACCAGCCCCGCUUCCCCCUCUCCUGCAUGCUUUCCACCCACUCCAACCCCGCUUCCCCCUCUCCUGCAUGCUUUCCACCCACUCCAGCCCCGCUUCCCCCUCUCCUGCAUGCUUUCCACCCACUCCAGCCCCGCUUCCCCCUCUCCUGCAUGCUUUCCACCCACUCCAGCCCCGCUUCCCCCUCUCCUGCAUGCUUUCCACCCACUCCAGCCCCGCUUUCCCCUCUCCUGCAUGCUUUCCACCCACUCCAGCCCCACUUCCCCCUCACCUGCAUGCUUUCCACCCACUCCAGCCCCGCUUCCCCCUCUCCUGCAUGCUUUCCACCCACUCCAGCCCCGCUUCCCCCUCUCCUGCAUGCUUUCCACCCACUCCAGCCUCGCUUCCCCCUCUCCUGCAUGCUUUCCACCCACUCCAGCCCCGCUUCCCCCUCUCCUGCAUGCUUUCCACCCACUCCAGCCCCGCUUCCCCCUCUCCUGCAUGCUUUCCACCCACUCCAGCCCCGCUUUCCCCUCUCCUGCAUGUUUUCCACCCACUCCAGCCCUUGGUCAAUUCCCCCCUAUAUCGUUAUGCUCUCCACCGCCUCAUUCGAUGCUUUCCCAUUUUCUUGAUUCAUGCUCGUGGUUUCAGGUGCACACGGCACUUGCAAUUCCGCCCCACGACAAGAUGGAAUGGACGUCAAGGGGGCAGUUUGUCAAGGCUAGCCCGGGCGAGAAGAACUUCUCAUCUGUUGCAAUCAACCCUUCAGGGAAGGGAUCCCCCUGGUACGGCCGUUGUCUUGUCCUGUUUCACUACAACAAAGAUGGCGAGCUGAGGCACGGAGCAUACGUGGAGUAUUACACCGAGGACAAGAGACUGUGCCCGUCAACGGGAUGCAAGCGCCUUCUACCCACAGAGGGCAUAGAUGAUUAUGCAGUGAUUGAUGUCGACUGCAUUCUUAGUCUCGUGCACAUCGUUCCUUCUUCCUCCCCCUUCUCUGCGGCUGCCGCGUCUACCACGGAGUUCCCAUUCGCCCGUGAUGCCGUCCCCGUUGCUGCUGCCUCCAGCGCCGCUGGUUUGCGUCGCCCAGUGAAGCGACCACGGGACGACUGCCCCCGCCUGACGGCAGACCAACCGGUGCUUGGGGGAAGCGGGAGCUGGGUCGUGCGAGGCGGGGUGGUGUGUGGCACGGAGCGCCGGCGUCAGUCAGUGGCAGAGCAGUUCCAGCAGCAGGGGGAGAGCGAUCGCGGACAGGAGACAGAGGAGGAAGCCCUGCUGGAGGCUCUGCUGCUGCAGGAGGAGAAUCGCCAGCAGCAGCAGGGAGCAGUGGGCAGCAGAGUGCAGCGGGUGCUGUGGCCCCACGUUGGGUCGGAGAGUGCCCUUCCAGACGACGUGCUGCUGAAAUUUAACAAUGAGGUCCCUGCCUUCACGCAACUCGCCGCUCUGUCGGCUCCUCCGCCCACCCAGCCGGCCAAACCUCUGCCAUCGCCAAUGCCCCCCCAACUCGCUGUUCUGCCCGGCUCCGCUCCCCGCACUGGUCAUUCCACCCCCUGGUGUGGGGUUUUUGCUCCCUGCAUUGAGGAUUUCGCGGUGCAGCGGCUAGUCUGGCCCCCUGUUGGGCCGGAGAGUGCCUUUCCAGACGGCGUGCUGCUGGGACUCUGCUGCGAGGACCCUGCUUUCACGGAAGGCACUGCUUUCUGUGCUCCUCUGCCAACCCAGCCACUCGCAGCGCCGCCAACAGCAAUGCCCCCCAAACUCGCUGCUCUGUCUGGCUCCGCUCCCUGCAUUGGGGAUAGUUGCACACUGCAGCGGGUGGACUGGCCGCGCGUUGGGUCAGAGAGUGCCCUUCCAGACGAUGUGCUGCUGGGAUUCUGCUGCGAGGACCCUGCCUCCGCACAACGUGCUGCUCUCUCUGUUCCUCCGCCUACCCAGCCACUCGCACCGCUGCCGUCUCCCCUGCCCUCCCAAGCUGCUGCUCUGUGUGCCUCUGCUCCCGGCAGCACGAGCAGCUGCAUGGCAGCGGUGCUUGCUGGGAGUAGAUGGGCCACACAGGAGCAGGAAUACGUGGAUGCAGGCAUUGACGGAAGCAGCACCGGUAGCAAUUCUAACACCAGCGACGAGGCUCUCUUUCUGGACAUGCCCGUGGCUCACAUGCUGCUGACUGGGAGUGCCCUCACCAUGCCUUUUGAGUCGACUCAAAAGCUGACUGGGAGUGCCCUCACCAUGCCCUUGCCCAGUGAGCCUCAACAACAGGUGCUGGCAGCCCCUGGUACUGCUGGCACAGCCGUGCUAGAAUGGGUGGUGGAGCAGGGAGGGGACGGGGAGGCAGGUUCUCAGCUGCACAGGCAGCAGCACUUUUUCACCCAGGAGGCCAUGCUUGCACAGUGCCUAGAGCUUGAGCGCAUUCUCUCGCUGCCACCGCACAAGCCACUCCCACAGCCAAUCCCAAAGGCACUGCCACAGACGCCUUUGCUGUCAGCCCCUCGUCAACUUCCACUUGCCCCUGGCACCACCAGUGCACUGCACACGCCCUCCAACCCAAGGGGCUUGCACAUGCGAGCUCCCAUACAGCCACGCCCUGCCAUGCUGCAGCAGCCCUUCUCCCCUGGUGCUUUACCAUCUCUCUGCCAACCCCAUGCUGCCUCAGUGGCCCGACACGGCCGUCGCUCUGCGAUGUGA